GAUGCGCCCCGGGGCCGCGGCCUCAUUGGAUGAGAGGUCCCCACCUCACGGCCCGAGGCGGGGCUUCUUUGCGCUUAAAAGCCGAGCCGGACCAACGUUCAAGUGCGCAGCUCUUAGUCGCAAGUCGACUGAGGUUUAUCAGUCACUCGCCGAGGUUCCCUGGGUCAUGGUGCCAGCCUGACUGAGAAGAGGACGCUCCCGGGAGACGAAUGAGGAACCACCUCCUCCUACUAUUCAAGUACAGGGGCCUGGUCCGCAAAGGGAAGAAAAGCAAAAGACGAAAAUGGCUAAAUUCGUGAUCCGCCCAGCCACUGCCGCCGACUGCAGUGACAUACUGCGGCUGAUCAAGGAGCUGGCUAAAUAUGAAUACAUGGAAGAACAAGUAAUCUUAACUGAAAAAGAUCUGCUAGAAGAUGGUUUUGGAGAGCACCCCUUUUACCACUGCCUGGUUGCAGAAGUGCCCAAAGAGCACUGGACUCCGGAAGGACACAGCAUUGUUGGUUUUGCCAUGUACUAUUUUACCUAUGACCCGUGGAUUGGCAAGUUACUGUAUCUUGAGGACUUCUUCGUGAUGAGUGAUUAUAGAGGCUUUGGCAUAGGAUCAGAAAUUCUGAAGAAUCUAAGCCGGGUUGCAAUGAAGUGUCGCUGCAGCAGCAUGCACUUCUUGGUAGCAGAAUGGAAUGAACCAUCCAUCAACUUCUACAAAAGAAGAGGUGCUUCUGAUCUGUCCAGUGAAGAGGGUUGGAGACUGUUCAAGAUCGACAAGCAGUACUUGCUAAAAAUGGCAACAGAGGAGUGAGGAGUGCUGGUGUAGAUGAUGACAACCUCCAUUCUAUUUUAGAAUAAAUUCCCAACUUAUCUUGCUUUCUAUGCUGUUUGUAGUGAAAUAAUAGAAUGAGCACCCAUUCCAAAGCUUUAUUACCAGUGGCGUUGUUGCAUGUUUGAAAUGAGGUCUGUUUAAAGUGGCAAUCUCAGAUGCAGUUUGGAGAGUCAGAUAUGUCUCCUUGAAUAUCUUUCGAUAAACAACAAGGUGGUGUGAUCUUAAUAUAUUUGAAAAAAAACUUCAUUCUCGUGAGUCAUUUAAAUGUGUACAAUGUACACACUGGUACUUAGAGUUUCUGUUUUGAUUCUUUUUUAAUAAACUACUCUUUGAUUUAA